CGCUGUUCCUCUUUUCUCAGCCCUGGCGUGGAUGCUCCCUUCACCUGGCCUUUGGAGACUCCGUUGCUUUUUAAUGGCGGCAGCAGCUGCUGGGUGAGCAGCCGGACUGGACGGUAUUCCUCCCGUCAGGAGAGGAUUGCUUUCUCCUGCUUUCUGUCACCACCCCUGGAUUGGUGGCGGUGCUUUUCCCUCUUGACUCCUCCACUCUUGGAGAGAGAAGAUGCCACUGCCUUUUGGAUUGAAACUAAAACGCACCCGGCGCUACACGGUGUCCAGCAAGAGCUGCUUGGUGGCCCGGAUCCAGCUGCUCAAUAACGAGUUUGUGGAGUUCACCCUGUCUGUGGAGAGCACUGGCCAGGAGAGCCUGGAGGCCGUGGCCCAAAGACUCGAGCUGCGGGAGAUCACUUACUUCAGCCUCUGGUACUACAACAAGCAAAAUCAGCGCCGAUGGGUAGAUUUGGAAAAACCUCUCAAGAAGCAGCUGGAUAAGUACGCGUUGGAGCCUACCGUCUAUUUUGGAGUGGUGUUUUACGUGCCUUCAGUUUCACAGCUGCAGCAGGAGAUUACCAGAUAUCAGUAUUAUCUGCAGCUGAAGAAAGAUAUCUUGGAAGGAAACAUUCCUUGUACAUUAGAACAAGCAAUUCAGCUAGCAGGAUUAGCUGUUCAAGCUGAUUUUGGUGACUUUGAUCAGUAUGAAUCCCAGGACUUUCUUCAGAAAUUUGCCUUGUUUCCUGUGGGGUGGUUACAAGAUGAAAAGGUAUUGGAAGAAGCAACCCAAAAAGUGGCCUUACUCCAUCAGAAAUACAGAGGGCUCACAGCUCCUGAUGCUGAAAUGCUGUACAUGCAGGAGGUGGAGAGAAUGGAUGGCUACGGAGAAGAGAGCUACCCUGCAAAGGAUAGCCAAGGCAGUGACAUAUCCAUUGGCGCAUGUCUUGAAGGUAUCUUUGUGAAACACAAGAAUGGAAGGCCUCCUGUGAUAUUUAGGUGGCAUGAUAUUGCUAACAUGUCCCACAAUAAGUCCUUUUUUGCAUUAGAGCUGGCAAAUAAAGAAGAGACCAUCCAGUUUCAAACUGAAGACAUGGAAACAGCAAAAUAUGUGUGGAGACUGUGUGUUGCGCGACACAAAUUUUACAGAUUAAAUCAAUGUAGCCUGCAAACCCAGACCGUCACAGUGAAUCCAAUUAGGAGGAGGUCUUCUUCAAGGAUGUCUCUGCCUAAACCCCAGCCCUAUGUGAUGCCUCCCCCACCCCAGCUGCAUUAUAACGGACAUUAUACAGAACCAUACACUUCUUCUCAAGAUAAUCUCUUUGUUACCAACCAGAACGGAUACUAUUGUCACUCUCAGACGAGUUUGGAUCGAGCCCAGAUUGACCUCAAUGGUCGGAUCCGUAACGGCAGUGUCUACAGUGCACACAGCACUAACUCCUUAAAUAACCCUCAGCCCUACAUGCAGCCCUCACCCAUGUCCUCUAACCCAAGUAUUACUGGGAGCGAUGUCAUGAGACCCGACUAUGUCCCAUCACAUCGGCACAGUGCCCUCAUACCCCCCUCCUACCGCCCGACCCCAGAUUAUGAGACUGUGAUGAAGCAGCUCAACAGAGGAAUGGUGCACGCAGAAAGGCAGAGCCACUCGCUGAGAAAUCUCAACAUUGGUAGCUCGUACGCCUAUAGCAGGCCAGAUGCUCUGGUCUACAGCCAACCUGAAAUUCGGGAGCAUGCCCAUUUUACCUCUCCCCAGUCAGCCCACUAUCCCUUCAAUUUGAAUUACAGUUUCCACAGCCAGUCUCCUUACCCCUACCCCGCAGAGAGGCGGCCUGUGGUGGGUGCCGUCAGUGUGCCUGAGCUGACCAACGUGCAGCUGCAGGCCCAGGAGUACCCAGCUCCCAACAUCAUGAAAACACAGGUGUACCGCCCACCCCCACCUUACCCAUACCCCAGGCCGGCCAACAGCACCCCAGACCUGUCCCGCCACCUCUACAUAAGCAGUAGCAACCCAGAUCUCAUUACCAGGCGAGUCCAUCACUCAGUCCAGACGUUCCAAGAGGACAGCUUGCCGGUGGCUCAUUCUCUCCAGGAGGUCAGCGAGCCGCUCACCUCGGCCCGGCAUGCUCACUUACAGAAGAGGAACAGCAUUGAGAUAGCUGGGCUGACUCACAGCUUUGAAGGCAUGAGGCUGAAGGAGAGGACCAUGUCUGCGUCGGCAGCGGAUGUGGCCCCGCGGGCUAUCUCAGCAGGCUCCCAGCCAAAUGUUUUCAUCGAAAGAACAAAACGAGAAGAGACGGACGAACAGGAAAGCCUGAGAUAUGGUCAUAAAAAAUCUCUUUCAGACGCUACCAUGCUCAUACACAGCAGUGAAGAGGAGGAAGAUUUUGAAGAGGAAAACAAAACACAGGCAGCACUCUCUCUGCUGGCACGGGAGCCCCGGGGCAGUUACUCGCAAGAACCGCAGCUGAGCUACGCCUGUGGUUCGGUCACUGCAGUCACCAGCCCUCUGCACAUUCUCGAGCCUAAAUCCCACGUCACAGAGACUGAGAAGAGGGUGAGGGACGGCAGCCCCGUUCACAUGCUCGUGGAGGCCCAGCGGCCCAGAAGAGAUGGGCUGCUGACGCCCUCCAUGUCCGAGUCCGACCUCACCACGUCGGGGAGAUACCGAGCACGGAGGGAUUCUCUGAAGAAGAGGCCCGUGUCAGAUCUCCUCUCUGGAAAGAAAAACAUUGUGGAAGGACUUCCGCCGCUAGGGGGAAUGAAAAAGAGCCGAGUAGAUGCAAAAAAAAUUGGUCCUCUCAAGUUGGCUGCCCUGAAUGGACUCUCCCUGUCUCGCUUGCCUCUGCCUGAUGAAGGAAAGGAAGUGCCCGCCAGAGCCACUAAUGAUGAGAGGUGUAAAAUUCUGGAACAGCGGUUAGAACAGGGAAUGGUAUUCACAGAAUAUGAAAGAAUUCUUAAAAAACGGCUAGUUGAUGGGGAGUGCUCAACAGCACGACUCCCUGAAAAUGCAGAAAGAAAUCGAUUCCAAGAUGUCCUUCCCUAUGACGAUGCCAGAGUGGAGUUGGUCCCAACGAAAGAAAACAAUACUGGUUACAUCAAUGCAUCACAUAUUAAGGUCUCUGUCAGUGGAAUUGAAUGGGAUUAUAUUGCCACACAGGGACCAUUACAGAAUACCUGUCAAGAUUUUUGGCAGAUGGUGUGGGAACAGGGAAUUGCAAUUAUAGCGAUGGUGACAGCAGAAGAGGAGGGUGGAAGGGAGAAGAGCUUUAGGUAUUGGCCACGACUUGGUUCCAGGCACAACACCGUCACCUAUGGAAGGUUUAAGAUCACAACCCGGUUCCGCACAGACUCUGGCUGCUAUGCCACCACAGGGUUGAAGAUGAAGCACCUUCUCACGGGGCAGGAGAGGACGGUUUGGCAUCUCCAGUACACAGAUUGGCCUGAGCAUGGCUGUCCAGAGGACCUCAAGGGAUUUUUAUCAUACCUUGAAGAGAUCCAGUCUGUUCGACGCCAUACAAAUAGUACAAGUGAACCAAAAAGCCCCAACCCUCCAUUGCUGGUCCACUGCAGUGCUGGAGUGGGGAGGACCGGGGUCGUCAUCUUGUCCGAGAUCAUGAUUGCCUGUCUGGAACACAACGAGGUGCUGGACAUCCCAAGGGUGCUGGACAUGCUGAGGCAGCAGAGAAUGAUGAUGGUGCAGACCCUCUGCCAGUACACGUUCGUAUACCGAGUUCUCAUUCAGUUCCUGAAAAGCUCAAGGCUCAUAUAAGCUCCCACAACUUCUUAUGGGGACCUGAUGAUGUGAAGCGUUUACAGCUAAAAAAAAGUGCUUGCCUAACUCAUACUUUCCCCUCAACACUCAAUCCACGCAGACACUACAUCGGGACGUGAAGGAUGGUAUGAAUGAUGGCGCACUGAAGGAAAUGUGCAAAGCUUAAGGCUGAAGAGGGGGAUUCUUAACCUGGGAAAGAUGCUGAAGAAGGACUUGCUUUCGAGCGUGUUGCCCUGCUCCGGUCUGUCUGAUUUGCAGUACUUGCACACGUGUUGGAGAUUGUAUUUUCUAGACAAUUCUCUAUUUUACUGAAGCUACACUGGGCAAUUUUGGCAAUCAUUAAAGUGCAUAGGUUUCUAUCUUAAACUAGUUUUUGAUAAUGGAAUUUUAUUUUAUGACUGAAAUAUUUGGGGUUUUCUUGUUGAGAAACUGAACUUUCCAUGGGGCUGACCCACAGAUAUGAGUAGUUCCUAUAUAACUUUGUAUUUAAAACCAUGUUAUUAUCUUUUGUUAUUUUUUAAAAACCUUGAGUAUUUAACAGUUUAGUUACCAAACCCAAAACUACAGAAGAAUCUAAAAGUGUUAUUUUGAAAGAUAGAAAGCAUUUUUAUAUUCAAAGAAUUUUUUAACCUAAAAAUUCUAUAUAUUUGUACCUUCUAUAUUUUCCAAACAAGAGUUCAACUCGUUAAGGACUGAAAUGAGUCAGUUAAUGUAAGGGAAAGUUGUGAAUGAAGGCACGUUAUUUAAAAUGUAAGAGAAUAAUCAGAUUCACUAUUUUUUUAGUAUUAUUCGUAAACCUAAAUGAGUUUGAUUUUAUUGGUUGAAAAUGAAGUGAAAAACAAUUGCAUAGGAUUUAAGCACUUUUUUGUUAAAA